UAACCUCACCCUCCUCUUCCCCUCCUUCUUCUGUUUCCUCUCUCGGCACACCACAACUUGAACGACGGUACGUAUAGCAGCACAUCUUAUCCCCAUACUCUGAUACAUCUCUUCUCUUGGCUGCCAUUGAGCAAUAUUGCCGAUUCGGGAAUCACGAGUGUCGAUGAGAUACCGGGUUUUGGUGUUUUGAUGUCUGUCUCGCCGACCUGAGUACUGACAACAAACCACAACACAAGCAGUUUUUUUAUUGACCAAGAAGAUGCCACCCUCUGCCUUGUAAGUACUGCCUUCUUUCCUGAUCCCUUUCCUGCCUAGGGACUGCCAAUCCCUGGGUCUAUUUCCCCGUGACGACGAAAAAGAGGUGGAGUUUAGUGCGAUACGAGAUGUGCCUAUGAGAAAGCAACGACGCUUUGCCGGAUAGUCUCCUUGAAAGAAUCGACCACGAACUAUCGCAAUAUGUCGAGAUCCUCCUGGGCAAGAGGACGUAAACUGCACCCUGCGAUCGAUCGGUUUCGUAUACGCCACCCAGAAGCAGCCCGUAUCCUUCCUCCUGAGCAUGAGGGUAUAAACUGCUUCCGUCUUUCGACACCUACUCCGCUGCUUCUUGAAACGGUGUUCCUCGUCAUAAAUCGCACGCCAUAUCAAGCAUCGAACUUCCCAACGGCAGUCAACUAUGUCCAGUCGAGUACUCAAAAGACCCCCGGAGUCAUUAUCUCAAAUUGGGAUCCGGCGGUUGAAGGCAGACUUUCGAUUUGGCAGAAGUAA